AUGGAAGAUACUCUGGUCCUUCUACCUGGCCUCUCUCCACUUUCAACCUCAUUGAGCCGUUCAUUACUGGAUGCGGCGUAUCGCGAACCCCUCACUUACGUCAUCUCAAAGACCCCCUCGUCAUCUAAACUUACCAUCGCCUUUGCAGCACCGUUCCAACCUGUCAACUGGCCAUUACAUCAGUCUCUUCUGGCCGACCUCUACUCUAUUGUCGUAUCCGUGCAAGCUACUUCGGCGGCUAUUGAUGUCGACACGACUGUGCUCCUUAUAGACUAUUCAACUAGCAGCAAGACAACAGGCAACGACACAACGGUUCUGACGAUUAGCACAUUUGCGUCAAAGCCGACGUUAUGGUCCCGCGUCUUUUACGACGGCUCUAAGACGGGGCGUGAGUUGCUGUCAUCUUUUGUCGAUGGCGGUGCGGUAGUUAAAAAGGAUAAGCUUGUUGCGCUUGCCGAUCUCACGCUCGCCGAAGAAGGCCGAAGCCAAAACGACGAAGUCACGGAACUGUACAAGACGGUCGUUGUGGCAGGGACAUUCGACCAUCUCCAUAUUGGCCACAAGCUUCUGAUACAAGCGUCGACACUGCUUCUGUCCCUUCCCCGAGACGCCUCCACCCCAGCUCGUCUCAUCAUUGGCAUAUCCGGGGGGUCGCUGCUCACCAGUAAGAAAUAUGCGUCAGAGAUGGAGUCAUGGAGGACUCGUACCCAAAAAGUGAUCGAUUUCCUAUCUGCCACCUUUGCAUUAUCGUCAUCGCACCUCAGACAAGAGACGAUUGGGGACGACGAAGAGGUCCAUGCCUUUUUCUUCGGCGGCCGUCUGAUUGUGCGCUGCGUCAAGAUUGUCGAUGUCUACGGUCCCACAAUCACGGAAGAGGAUAUGGAUGCUAUUGUCCUGUCGGCAGAGACGCGCAAAGGUGGUGCCAUGAUCAAUGAGAAGCGUGUGGGUAGAGGUUGGCGUAAGCUGCAGGUCCAUGAGAUUGGCGUCAUUCACAUCGAUGGCCAGGAACUCGAGAGCAACGCGAACGAUUUUGCCUCGAAGAUAAGCAGCACUGAGAUUCGUCGUCGUUUAGCAGAAGCGCACGGGGCGUGA